GAAUCUGGACAUCAGGUUUAAAAAGCUCGCCAUCACUUCAUCCUCAGCUUCACACGAGCAGACGGGCGCAGUGUGAACAUCGACCACACAGACAUGGACGAAAAAGACAGGAGCCUGCCCAAGAGGCCGUGGGAUACGUGUCGAGAGGUCCCCACCAUCGAAGACGAACAGACGCCAUGGAAGAUGAUCCAACUGCUGAGGGUCUUCACUCUCUGUGUGGUCGCUCUGAUCGUGUUUGGGUUGGCUCUAUGCAGCAAGACGUCUUUCCUGCUGCUCAUCACCUUGUCCAAUGAAGGCACCAAGAUCCUCUCCGACGAGCGGAAACCCGUCGCCCUGCUGUGUAUCGGCUGCUCUCUCAUCGCGUCCAGCGUUCUCAUCUUACAGAAGAGCGUCUGGAAGGCCUGUUACAAAUCAUCAAAGACGCCGGCCAAGAGUACCGUCGCUGUGGUUUUGUUCUUCGAGUUUGUUGUGUCUCUGGGUGCAGCAAUUCUCACGAUAGUCGCCAUGCCACACUUGGACAUCGUCACCAACGUGACCAUCCUUAAUGGUGUAGCCGUCCUCUCUGCACUACUACAAGUGAUCACUCAACACACUGCGCAGGAAAGGAACCGCUUCCUGGUGCCGUCCAUCGGCGCCUUCAUCCUGGUUCUGCUUGGCUACAUCCUGUUCCUCGUGUUGUACAUCAUGAAGGAUCCCGCUGAUUCCAGGAUGAUGACCUGGGUCGGCCUGGCGGUCGGUGGGUCCUUCUUGGUGUCGUUGACCUGGUGGGAAAACUACCUGAGACUGAUCAGUGAAAACAGCAGCUCUAUUUUCCUCAAGAGGCUCAGUAUGGAUGUAAAAAGGAGCCAGAACAUCCUGCAAAUCCUCUCCAGCCUGCUCAGGAUCGCCGUGACUGCCUGCGUGCUCGGAGCCUACGUCCCCCUAAACAAAAUGGAAUGGGACGUGGUCAGAUUCAUCCCCAGGCGUGAGACAACAAUCAUAGGCAUCAUCAUCGGUGUCCAGCUGAUCUCCUCUGCGCUCUGCCACUGGUUUUCACUGGUAGCCUGCAAGAUGCACGCCAUGCGACGGUGCUUCAUCCUGCCUCUGUACCUGGCCUCUCUGGCUGUCAUGGCUCUACUCGUCAUCCCCGUUAUCGUUUACUAUCAGGACUACAAAACCAGUCUGAAUGGAACCAGUAUCAACUUCACAAGCUACUGUGAUGUGGUCGUGGAUGGAAGAAGCGGAAACCUUAACGCCAGUGUGUUUCCAAAUCUGGUGUUGGAUGUAACACACACCCUCUGCUUCCUGGACAUGUCCAACAGUUUUGACAUCGGCAUACUGACAGGUUCAGCAUUUUCCUGGUGGCUCGGCCUUGUGUUGGCCACUGUCCACCUUUGGAACCUCAGCCUGAACCGCAUCCAGAGGACUCAGGACCUGUUCAUCCGGAGGCUGUAUGAAGGAGGACUUAUAGAACAGUCCCUGCUCCUUAACACUCGAUUUGACAUCCAGACGCCUAAAAAGCGGAAACAACGGAGGCCUCUUGAUCCAGUGAAAGUGUUCCUUUGUGCGACCAUGUGGCACGAGACCUACGACGAGAUGAUGAAGAUAGUCAUUUCUUUGUUUCGAAUGGACAAGUACAGGCCAAAGAAGGAAGGACAGACGACUGAUGUGACCUUUGAAGGCCACAUCUACUUCGAUGACGCCUUCAGCGACGUCCCAGGAAGUCAGGGCCGCCACGUCAACAAAUACGCAGAGAUGAUGGUGGACAUAAUCCGAGAAGUUUACAGUAUCUUCAUCAAUCUGGAUAAAGGCCUCUUCGAGAAGCAGCAGCAGAUCCCUGAUCAGAGUGUGGUGAGGACGUCGUACGGAGGUCGCCUGGUCAUCACCAUGCCUCAUGGAAACAGUCUGACGGUUCACUUUAAGGACAAGCUGCUCAUUCGCCACAAGAAGAGAUGGUCUCAGGUGAUGUACCUGUACUAUCUCCUGGGCUGGAAGCUCUCCACCAAGUAUUACAAAAGGUGGGGGAAAGGAGGGGGGGAGGCCGACCUGAAGAGAGAGUUUCAGAGAGAGAAGCACAACACCUACAUCUUGGCUUUGGACGGGGACACGGACUUUCAGCCGGCGUCUGUGAUGUUGCUUAUCGACCGUCUGAAACGUUAUCCGCUCGUCGGCGCUGCAUGUGGAAGGAUUCACCCGACCGGAUCAGGUCCCAUGGUGUGGUACCAGAAGUUUGAAUACGCUGUUGGUCACUGGCUCCACAAGACGGCGGAGCACGUGUACGGCUGUGUGCUGUGCAGCCCGGGCUGCUUCAGUCUGUUCAGAGCGUCAGCGCUAAUGGACGACAACGUGAUGAAAAAAUACACAGUCAAGGCCUCAAAGCCGGCACAUCACAUCCAGUACAACCAAGGUGAGGACCGCUGGCUGUGCACUUUGAUGCUGAAGCAGGGAUGGAGAGUGGAGUACAACGCAGCGUCCGACGCUUACACCAACGCCCCCGAGGAGUUCAAAGAGUUUUACAACCAGCGUCGUCGAUGGGGACCGUCCACCAUGGCCAACAUCAUAGACCUGCUGGGCUCGACCACCCUGAUUUCCAAGAGGAACCCGUCCAUGUCCAAACCCUACAUGUUCUACCAGCUCUUCAGCAUGGCUUCGUCCAUUCUGUCACCGUCCACCGUCGUCCUCAUGAUUGCAGGUUGUUUGACCCUGCUGCUGGACAUUCAUCCAAACGCUGCUCUGGUCAUCUCUCUGAUUCCUCCGGUCAUCUUCCUCGGCAUCAGCUUUAAGAUCAAGUCGGACACUCAGAUCCACAUUGCAGCGGUCAUGAGCAUCAUAUACGGCUUCCUCAUGAUGAUAGCAGCGAUGGUCAUAGUUGGGAACAUGGUGAAGGAACAAACCAUCCUAACUCCCAGCAGCCUCUUCAUCAUCUCCCUCGCCUGCUUCUACCUGGUGACUGCGCUCCUGCACCCUCAGGAGGUCGGCCUCAUCGUCUUUGGUUUGCUGUACAUCGUCUGCAUCCCCAGCGCCUACCUGCUGCUGACCAUUUACUCCAUGGUCAACAUGAACAACGUGUCCUGGGGCACCAGAGAGACCACGCCCCCUGCUGGAGCGACCCAACAAGCAGCUGCCGCCCCUCGAUCUCAAGCCGAUAAAGCCAAAAGUGCGUUCACACGGUUCUUCUCGCAGUCGAAAUGCUGCAGAAAAGUGUGCCAGAGAGGCGACGCAGAGGAGCUCAUCGCGAACCAGGAGGACCAGGUGAUAGCUUUGGAAAGGCAGGAAUCUCUACCCCAAAAUACCAUCGUGGAGGAUGUGGGGGAGCCGGACGAGUUGUCAAGACAACACUCACCUGACUUCACCUGCCCUAACCAGAGCUGGGUUUCACAGCUACAGAGUUUGUCCGAUGACAUGCGCCUGCAGGAGGACGUGCUCGACCAGGACGAGGAUCAGUUCUUCAGAGAGCUCACCGCCACAUACCUGGAGCCUCUGCCCGAGGACAAAAAGAAGCAGAAACAGAUGGCUGAUGACCUGAAGGAGCUGAGGAACAAGAUCACCUUCGUGUUCUUCAUCUGUAACGCCUUCUGGCUCAUAGCGACCUUCGUGCUGCAGCUCACGCAGACGUCCGUCUUCAUCCAGGUGCCGAAGAUCAACAUCAACCUGCAGCUCACUGGAGAGUACAUUUUCAUCGACCCCAUCGGCUUCAUGUUCAUCCUGGCCUUCGUCAUGCUGGUCCUGGUCCAGUUCAUAGCCAUGCUGUACCACAGAAUCUACACGCUGAUCCACUUUGUGGCCUUUUUGGACACCGAGCCGAGGACUGAACGCCACAGACAGGAGGUGACCAAGGUUGUUGAUGACAAAGGGUUUGUCGAUGGUGACGAUGGUGACGAUGGUGAUGAUGAUGAUGAAGACGAUGGCGAUGAAGACGAUGAUGAUUAUGACGACGAUGACGACAGCAUCAUUUAUCCGAGUCUGUUCAACAGGAGAGACAACGGCGGGACUCUGGUGUGACCCUGAAGUAAACAACAACAGAAACCUCUUCU